UGCCUGCCUCAUCAUACAGCUUAGACCAGCCUGCCUUCACUGUCAUUAGUCAUGUGGCUGCUUUGUGCUCUUGCUUUUUUAUCACCUGUGGCGUCAGAUACUCUGAACUCUACUUCUCAGGAAAAUCAGGUGUGCGGAGGAACACUAAACUUGAGGCAAGAUACAGCGACUCUCAGACUCCCGGCAAGUUCCUCCCAAGUGCAAUGUACCUGGACCUUGGUCAGUGAUGACUUAUGUGGACUAAUGGUUGACCUUGGAGACUUCAAACCACCCCAGUGUCCUAGUGAUCAGCUGAUUGUGGGAGAGACACAGCUGUGCGGAGAUCUACCUAGAAUGGUGCUUCUGCCUCUAGUCUCGCCUCUGACUAACAUUACGUUCAGAGGAAACGCAGACGGAUAUGAAACAUCCAACAUCACAAUACGUCAAACCAGAUGUGAAAACCAGUCAACCAAUACACAAGUCACAAACCGAUUAGGAAAACUAGAAACCUUCAGCUGUGGCGGAGAGUUCUUUGGGAACAACGUUGUUAUCGAGAGUCCAGGAUACCCCACAUCUUACCCUUCAGAUGCCUUCUGUGUGUAUACAAUCAGACGAACAAAUGACGAUGUGUGCCAGGUAGAAAUAACUUUUGAGAAUUCAAGCCUAGAAGUGUCAGAAGAAUGUUACAAGGAUAGACUUGAAAUACAAGGUGACAGAAUCUGUGGGGAGCUGAACGGAGUUAGGACAUAUGGAAUAGACACUACCUUAGAGAUUAGGUUUGUAACUGAUUAUAACAUCAGUGGGAAAGGGUUCAAACUAUUAGCGAAACAAAUUAAAUGUUCUGAUACACCUAUUGUGGUAGAAGCUCAAGAGGAAAACGAUAAGCAGGAUGUGUUGGUUGAUUGUGGACCUCAAGGAGCACAGGUAUUUCAUACCGACGAAGGAUAUCCUAGGACCAGAAGACCUUUUCCCCCUUUCCCUCUGCCAGGUAGAAACUACCCUCCCUUACAGAGUUACCCUCCUCAAGAAACGUUUCCUGGAAACCCUCCUGUUCAAAGAAUACCACCACAAGUGUCUACUCCACAAUUUCCUCCUCGCUAUCCUUCAUCAUAUAAUCCGCCUUCGUCGUACAAUCCUCCUUCAUCAUACAACCCUCCUUCAUCUUACAAUCCUUUCAACAAGUUUGUUCCCCCACAAGGAUAUCUCCCUCCAGUGGGUUCAAUAUCACCAUUCCCAGGACAAUUCCCAAAAGACCCAAACUUAGGAACUUUCACCUCAAACCCUCCAACUACUCUUCUAAGACCAUCUGUUAAUCAGUUUUCCCAAGGUGAACAAUGUUGUGGACGUAUUUACACAGACAGCCACUUUCUCAUCGCAAGUCCAGGUUUUCCUCGAAGCCAGUCUUCAGAUUGUAUCUUCACCAUCCAGAGAUACAGCCCUCUAACGUUCCAACUACGAUUUCAGUUCCGAUAUUUCUGGGUAGGCCAGGACACCGGGGAUGGAUGCAGUGGAGGAGCUCUUGAAAUCGAUGGAAACAGAAUCUGCGGAUGUAAAACUGGAAUGAUUUGGACCACACAAUUUUUUGACUCCGAAUCAGUUAAAGUUCUCCAUCUAAGGUUAGACUCCUCAAUUGAAAAGUUGUUUAACGGGUUUGUUAUUGAAGUUUAUCAGGACGAUUCGUACUCAGGGAGAUAUAAAAGAGGUGACAUUAACCCUGACGUAGAGGAGUUUACUUUGUCUAAUGGUAAAAUUGUGAACUUUACUCAGUACAUCGAGACUAUUGUGGAGCGAGAACCGUUGAUACCCAAUAAUGGAAACCAACUCGUAACUCACAGGCAGCUGAUUUGGGAUCCUAACCGUCAAGCUUGGACUUUGCCUUCAGACUUUUUCUGUCUCCGCUGGUCUUUCCAAGACUGGAUACUACUAGCCAAGGAGGCAUUGUGGAGUCAGUACCAAUGCCCAGUAUCUGGUACUUCCAGUAUGAGUACAGUAGAUUCGUCCAGAUUUGAUAUCACAGCUUGUCGAACCUGCAACUACUUUUGCCGUCAGAACUGUCAAUGUUGUUGAAGGAAAAGUUUCUAAAUGCAGUGGAUGAAGCGAUGAAUCUUUAUGUUCUAACGUAGAACACACUUCUUUUUUGCUCUGUUUAUACUUUACAGGUGAUCAAUGUUUAUUCAAAUCAUC